AUGGCCAAAUUCCAGCACGCAUUGCACAGCACUUCCUUUUUCCCCCAGUCAAAACAUGCCCAACGUGCCAGACUGGACAUGCACUUGAAACCGAUUCCUUAUUUGGCUACCUAUACGAUCUUGAUGGUUGUGAGACAGUGCAGCACUUUUCUUCUUACUGCCGAAGAUAAGAUCUUUCAUGUUCAUACUCACUACUUCAUGACCCAUCGCCUAGCCCAUCACUUUAAGAUGUCUCAAAUGCUUCAGCACUCAUCAAUAUUCAAUAUUGUUAACUUAUACAAUGACACACAUAUUGUUGCUUGCCCUCCUCCAUUAUUUUCUCCGACUCAGAGUUUUUCCUCGUCUCUAUCUGCGGGUGUAUGUAAAGAUGGAAUGGACAUACACACCUUGUUGUAUCACUUCUCUUCUCGCUCUCAUCAACUUGUGGUUCCUGCCGAUGGACUUGACGCUACUCGAUACGAAGAGGCAAAAGAAGCUCAUACAGCAUAUGUUAGAGCAAAUGGUUCCAGCCAUAAAAAUCAUUCCUGCGGGAAAUGUACCUCUAUUAGGCAUUGUCAACAGCCGGAUGAAUACUCAGUAAUCCGCGCUGUGGUUACUGAUGGGUUGACUAUUGGGCGUUAUCGCUGUAGUGCUUCUCGUGCUCAACUCGAAUACCUUGCAAUGGAUGCGGGUGAUCCUCCUCCAAAUGGCCCAUGCCUUAAUUCACUAGAUAAUGUCCGCUCACGAUUUUGUAGAAAACACUUUCAACUCUUGCAGAAGCAAUGCGAAGCUCAGCCCUGCACACGGCCAGUAAUGCUGGGUCAAAAGACUUGCGAUCUUGAAUCACAUAUCAGAGCGGAGACAGCAGAGCUGCAAGACUAUGAAGAUAUUCAACAUGCAAAUGAAGCAGAUAGGUAUGAUGAAAAGGGACGUGAUGGUGGGGUUUCAAGCAAAGAGUCUCGUCCUAAGCUAUCAAGAGAAAGAACACACAAUGACCAGCUUAUUGUAGGUGCUUGUGGUGUUGUAUUGGCUAGGCAGACCAUGUUCAGAGCUGAAUCACCAAGUGCUGUAAAAGUAUGUCCCAAUUCCUACUCUCUGAAUAGCGCGGUUUCUUUAUUUACCUUUUUUUUUGGUUCUGCAUAG